AUGGUCAAGAAAAAUACAGGUAUACACUGUAGUAAUCACAAGCUCUCCAAGUUAAGACAAGCUGGAAACAUAUUCCUUACAAAUUCCAUUUCAAGAACUUGUUUUACAACACCUUCCUGUAAUAAUACGUGUAUCAGUUCCACUUUUGUACAAACUACAAAAUUUAAGGACCUUAGAUCUGUUAGUGUGUUAGUGGUUGAAGUAACUAGGUAUGACAUUUCUACUGGUACUGUUGUAACAAUGAAAAAUAAGAAGGAACCACCACAACUUCUUGCAAAUCUAACAGUAACUCAAAUGAAAAAUUAUAGUGAAGAAAAAGCGAAGAGGUACAAGGCUAAAAGCUAUAUUGAGUCUUCAAUUUCUAAUGACAUAUUCAUCAGAAUCAUGACUUGUGAAACUGCAAAACAAGCUUGGGACGUGUUCAAGGAAGAAUUUCAAAGUAGUGACAAGACAAGACAAAUGCAAGUGUUGAAUCUUAGAAGAGAGUUUGAAGUCUUAAAGAUAAAGGAGUCUGAAAAUUUAAAAGAGUACAAUGACAGAUUCAUGAAGAUAGUAAACAAGAUUAGAUUACUUGGUGAGAAGCUGUCAGACAAAAAAAUUGUAGAGAAGGUUUUUAUUAGUUUACUAGAGAGGUUUGAGUCAAAAAUCUCAUCCCUUAAAGACUCCAAGGACCUAACCAAGAUAACUCCAGUAGAAUUGUUCAAUGCUUUACAAGAUAACUCCAGCAAAGAAGGGCUAUCAGAUAAAAGGAUUCAACAGAAGAUGCUUUUUACAGCCAAAAAGAAAGGCAAGAUGCAAACAGAAAGCAAAGGCAGAAAACAAGGAGAUCAAAGAAACAAAGGUUUUAGAAACAAUGAAAAGAAAGGAAAAUUUUCACCUUGCUCUCACUGUAAAAAAACCACUCACUUGGAGAAAUAUUGCUGGUACAGACCUGACAUACAAUAUAAGUACUAUAAACAGCUUGGUCACAUAGAGAAGCUAGAAGAGCAAGUUUUUGUUGCAACUUGCUAUGGAACCAGAACCUCCUCAAGUGCAUGGCUCGUUGACAAUGGCUGCACACACCAUAUGGCAUCUGAUAUCAAUAUUUUCAAAGAACUGGACAUACUUGUACCUUUAAAGUCAGAAUAG